AUGCUUGGUGAUGAUCCUCGUGCAAAAUUAUCAUGGCCCUCUUUGAUUGAAAAACGUGGUGGUGGUGUGCUACCUUGUUUUCCUGGUCCACAGAGCCAGUGCCACAUGGGUUCCAGUACUUCACAUAACUGGAAAGCUGAUGAGAAAACCCCUUCAGGCUCUCAGAUAAUCCAGAUAAAGGAUGCUAACAGUGACUUGGAUUCACAGCAGCUAACUCAAUCAGGACUUCUUGUAGCAAGAAAGAAGCGAGUCCAUGCACAGUUCAAUGACCUUCAAGACUGUUAUAUGCAAAGGCGACGGUCCUCGACAAGACAAUCCCAAAAAAAGGAUGAAAGAGACAGAAGAGAAGGUUACAGCACAGGGCUUGAAGAUUUUCAGACUGUGCUCUCAACCUUUACACGAUACAGUCGGUUGCGGGUUGUUGCAGAACUUAGGCAUGGAGAUCUUUUUCACUCUGCCAAUAUUGUUUCAAGUAUAGAAUUUGAUCGUGAUGAUGAACUCUUUGCUACAGCUGGAGUUUCACGGCGUAUCAAAGUGUUUGAAUUUUCAUCGGUGGUGAAUGAACCAGCAGAUGUCCCAUGUCCUAUUGCAGAAAUGUCCACUCGUUCCAAGCUCAGUUGUCUCAGCUGGAACAAGUACACAAAAAAUCACAUAGCCAGUAGUGAUUAUGAGGGUAUAGUGACUGUUUGGGAUGUGACCACCCAUCAGAGUGUGAUGGAGUAUGAGGAGCAUGAAAAACGAGCAUGGAGUGUUGAUUUUUCACGUACUGAACCCUCCAUGCUUGUAUCCGGGAGUGAUGACUGCAAGGUCAAAAUUUGGUGCACGAAUCAAGAAGCCAGUGUUCUUAACAUUGACAUGAAAGCUAACAUAUGUUCGGUCAAGUACAAUCCUGGAUCUAGCAUCCACAUAGUAGUGGGCUCAGCUGACCAUCACAUCCAUUAUUAUGACUUGAGAAAUACAAGUCAACCAGUGCAUAUUUUCAGUGGGCACAGGAAAGCUGUUUCAUAUGUCAAAUUUUUGUCCAACAGUGAACUAGCUUCUGCAUCUACUGACAGCACAUUACGCUUGUGGGAUGUUAAGGAAAAUAUCCCACUGCGGACUUUUAGAGGGCACACAAAUGAAAAGAAUUUUGUGGGUCUUACCGUGAACAGCGAAUACAUUGCUUGUGGUAGUGAAACAAAUGAAGUCUUUGUCUAUCAUAAGGCUAUUUCAAAACCAGCUGCUUGGCAUAAAUUUGGUUCAGAUGUACAGGAUGCGGAUGAAGAUGCAGGAUCUUACUUCAUUAGUGCCGUGUGUUGGAAAAGUGACAGCCCGACAAUGUUGACCGCAAAUAGUCAAGGGACUAUAAAAGUGCUUCUAUUGGCUGAAUAACUUCUAGAACGAUAGUGAUGAAAGAUGAGAAAUUUGUCUGCGUUAAGUUUCUUGCUAUAAGAGAAGACUACAUCGUAAAACUGGACUGAUUCUCGUAUUGCAAAAUUAAAAAAGGAUGUGACUCAGGACCUUUGGUUCUCUUUUUAAGCCUACUCUUUGGUUGUGAAUUCUAAAUUCGCUGGCUUAAGAAGA